GUUAGAUAACUCAGUUUGUUUUGGAAUGUUCUCCCUGGUAGCACGCCGGUACUGGGGCGCAGGAGCCCGGUCCUCGAGGCUGUGGGGUCGUUCUCUCGCCUCUCAGACGGAUCUGUGGCCGGUGGGCAAGGUCGACCGGUUUGGGGGAGUAAGUGUGCGAUUGCAGCCGGGACCCCAGAGAGACGAGGCUGCCUUCAGGAGCUGGUUACAGGGUUCCAUUAAAAGAUGGAGGGAAGAAGGCAGGAUUGCGGUGUGGAUGCACAUUCCGAUCAAGCUAAGCUGGCUGAUAACCUGCGCGGCCUCAGAAGGAUUCACAUUUCAUCAUGCGGAAAGUGACACAUCCACAUUGACCCUCUGGUUAAAGGACGGGCCAAGCAAGCUGCCCGGGUAUGCCACACACCAAGUGGGGGUCGCAGGUGCUGUUUUGGAUGAAGCUUCUGGGAAAGUAUUGGUUGUACAGGACAGAAAUAAGACUCUAAAUGCAUGGAAAUUCCCAGGAGGAUUGUCCGACCCCGGUGAAGACAUCGGAGCUACUGCCGUACGGGAAGUCCUUGAAGAGACUGGCAUUAAGUCAGAGUUUGAGUCCCUCUUGAGCAUUAGGCAGCAGCAUAACCACCCUGGUGCCUUUGGGAAGUCCGACAUGUAUAUCAUAUGCCGUCUGAAGCCACUGUCCUACAACAUUCAUUUCUGCCCCCAGGAAUGCUUGAGGUGUGAAUGGAUGGACCUUAAAGAACUUGCAUACACUAGCCAGACCACCCCCGUCACCAGCAGAAUCGCCAAGCUGCUACUUUAUGGAUAUGAGGAGGGCUUUCACAACAUUGACCUUACUAUGAGGACCUUUCCAGCGGUUUACUCGGGACUCUUUUACUCCCUGUACCACAAAGAAUUGCCAGCUACCUAUGAAACUCAGAAAUGACCGCUGACAAGUU